AUGGCUUGGGGUGUAGGUAGAAAACGCGAAAGAUACUAUGGCUACAAGGGGAAAUCACUGAAUCGUUUGAUCACCAUUGUUUCUGGGAUAGAUUUUUUGCUUUUUGGUUACGAUCAAGGUGUUAUGGGAGGAUUGUUAACUCUCCCAUCUUUCGUAAAAACAUUUCCGGAAAUCGACACAGUUAAUAAUCAUUCAUAUCAGACGGCUCUUGAUCAAGGUUUAGUAGUGGCCUCUUACAAUCUGGGUUGUUUUGGUGGUGCCGUUAUUACUAUCUUUCUUGGAGAUCGUCUUGGUCGUCGUCGGAUGAUAUUCCUUGGUUCCUCAAUCAUGAUUGUUGGAGCUAUCCUUCAGGCAACUUCCUCUAGUAUUGCACAAUUCAUUGUCGGGCGAGUGCUUACCGGUUUUGGAAAUGGCAUGAAUACAAGUACAGUCCCUACAUGGGCUUCAGAAACGUCGGAAUCACACGAAAGAGGAAAAAUGGUCAUGUUCCAGGGUGCUAUGAUCACAGGAGGUAUUGCUUUAUCGUAUUGGCUCGACUUGGGAACCUCACGGGCGGGAGAUAAUAGUGUGGCUUGGAGAUUUCCAAUUGCUUUCCAGAUUUUACCAGCUCUCAUAAUACUCGUGUCUAUCCUUGAGCUUCCAGAGUCCCCUCGUUGGCUCGUCCUAAAAGGUGAUAUUGAGGAGGCUAGAGCUGUCCUUACAGCACUCGAGGUUCCUUCCAAAGAAUCUAGCGACUCCCCAGAGCAAGUCGACGAAGCGGCUGUUGAAAUUCAAAUCGCACAGAGAGUUGAAAUCAAAUUGAAGGAGAUUACUAGUCAAAUUGACGAAGCGGCAAAUUCUGGUUGGCGUGAUAUGUUCACCAUGGGCCCAGACCGUAACUUCCAUCGCGUCCUACUCGCAUACUUCGUCCAAGUCAUGCAACAAAUCUCUGGUAUCAAUGUCAUCACCUAUUAUGCGGCUACAAUUUUCGAGCAGUAUAUCCAUUUGAGUAGCGAAACUUCCCGUUAUCUCGCAGCUGGAAACGGCACGGCAUAUUUUGCUGCUUCCUUCAUUGCUCCCUUUACAAUCGAAAAGUUUGGUCGUCGCAAGUCUUUACUACUUGGUUCAAUUGGAUUGAUAGCAAGUAUGGUCAUCCUCGCUGUCAUGACACGCUUGUCAGAAGAGGGUAUUGGUGGUAAAAAACCGGGAAUUGUCUCCACCACUUUCCUCUUCGUCUUUAACACCUUCUUCGCAAUUGGAUGGCUCGCAAUUCCUUGGCUAUACCCAGCUGAGAUUGUUCCCCUCAAAAUUCGUGCACCAGCUAAUGGUUUAUCCACAUCUGCAAAUUGGAUUUUCAACUUCAUGGUUGUGAUGAUCACACCAGUUGCAUUCAAUUCGAUUGGUUAUAAAACCUACAUUAUUUUCGCUGUCAUCAAUGCUGCCAUGUUUCCAGCCGUCUAUUUCUUUUAUCCAGAGACUGCGUUUCGAUCUCUGGAGGAAAUGGACACGAUAUUUCAGAACACGACUGGUUUCUUUGAUGCAGUUAGCGUUGCAAAGAAUCAACCGCAUAGAUAUGGAGCCGAUGGAAAGUUGUUGAUUGCUCCCGAGAUCAUAGAAGAAAUGUCGGGUGGGGGAGUACUUGUACAUAACGAUUUUGGAAAAGAAAGUGAAAAUGGGACAAUAGUCCAUAGGGAGAAUGUUGCAGAUGAUAGUGGAGGAAGUACGGCGAGUCCAAAGAAUGAGCAUGGGGUUGACGUCAGGUAG